ACGGAGGGAGUAUCAAGUAUGUGGCCAACACCAGCUACUCUGAAAAUAAAAUCAUGCCACGCACUUCAAAAUUCCAUUUGAAUAUGGCCUUGAAAUUCACGUUCCAUCACUUCAGAAAUUACAGAGAAGAAAAUACCGCACCUGUCGCUCUCCCUCUUCCCUUUCCCCGUCCGACGCCACUCCUAGCGCGCACUGGACGCGCCGACGACCGGCGCCGGCGUCCCUCCACAUGCUGAUCUCGCCGCGAUCUCUCAUUGUCCGGCGGCCGUCUCCGCAGCGCCGUCUCCCUUCCCAACUCGCCCCGCGAAGCCGAUGGAGCGGCGGAGGAUGCUCGCGGACCUCCUCCGGGCAAGCGCGAGGGGCCCGGACCUCCGUGGCGGCGCGCAGCUCCACGGCUCGCUCACCAAGCUCGGCCACGGGUCGGACACCAUGCUGGGCAACAACCUGGUCGACAUGUACGCCAAGUGCGGGAGGCUCGACGCGGCCGGCCAGGUCUUCGACGGAAUGCCCGAGAGGAACGUCGUGUCGUGGACGGCCCUCAUGGUGGGGUUCCUGCAGCAGGGGCGCGCCGGGGAGUGCCUCAGGCUGUUCGGGGAGAUGCGGCGGGUCUCGGAGGCCGCGCCGAACGAGUUCACGCUCUCGGCGACCCUCAAGGCGUGCGGCGUCAUCGGUGACACCUGCGCCGGUGUUCGUGUCCAUGGGGCUUGCGUCAGGAUGGGGUUCGAGGGGCACGGCGUCGUCGCCAACUCGCUGGUGCUCGUGUACUCCAAGGGCGGGAGGAUUGGCGAUGCGCGGCGGGUGUUCGAUGGUGCCGCUGCGUUCAGGGACCUUGUCACCUGGAACGCCAUGAUCUCCGGCUACGCGCACGCGGGGCAAGGCAGGGACUCACUGCUCGUCUUCCGGGAGAUGCAGCGGCGAGGUGACGAGGAUUGUCAGCCUGACGAGUUCACCUUCGCGAGCUUGCUGAAGGCCUGCAGCGGCCUUGGCGCGGCUCGCGAGGGCUUGCAAGUUCAUGCGGCCAUGGCAAUCAGAGGGUUCUCCACAGCGUCCAAUGCCAUCCUUGCUGGCGCGCUGCUUGAUGUUUAUGUAAAAUGCCGGUGCCUGCCAGUGGCGAUGCAGGUGUUCGAUCGGUUGGAAAGGAAGAAUGCCAUCCAGUGGACAACGAUGAUCACCGGGCAUGCACAGGAAGGGCAGGUGAAGGAAGCAUUGGAUCUGUUCCGGCGGUUCUGGAGCUCCGGCGUCCGUGCUGAUGGGCAUGUCCUCUCCAGCGUCGUCGGUGUGUUUGCAGACUUCGCCCUUGUGGAGCAAGGGAGGCAGAUGCACUGCUACACAGUCAAGAACCCGGCAGGGAUGGACGUGUCAGUGUCCAACUCCAUCGUGGACAUGUACCACAAGUGCGGGCUGACCGACGAGGCGGAGCAGCGGUUCCGGGAAACCCCGGCAAGGAACGUCGUGUCGUGGACAGCGAUGAUCAACGGCCUCGGGAAGCAUGGCCAUGGACGCGAAGCCAUUGACAUGUUCGAGGAGAUGCAAGCAGAAGGCGUGGAGCCUGACGAGGUGGCCUACCUUGCCCUUCUGUCGGCGUGCAGCCACUCUGGCCUCAUCGACGAGUGCCGCCGGUACUUCUCAGUGAUCCGACAGGACCGGCGGCUGAGGCCGAGAGCAGAGCACUACGCGUGCAUGGUCGACCUCCUUGGCCGCGCCGGGGAGCUCGCGGAGGCCAGGGACCUCGUUGCGACGAUGCCGAUGGCGCCCACCGUUGGCGUGUGGCAGACGCUUCUCAGCGCCUGCAGGGUGCACAAGGACGUCUCCAUAGCCAGGGAGGCGGGUGAGGCCCUCCUGGCCAUGGACGGCGACAACCCGGCCAACUACGUGAUGCUGUCGAACAUCUUCGCAGAGGCCGGCGAGUGGCAUGAGCACCAGCGGCUGCGCGAUGCCAUGCGGCGACGGGGCCUGCGGAAGCAGGGAGGGUGUAGCUGGGUGGAGGUCGGCAAGGAGGCGCACUUCUUCUACGGCGGCGGGGACGCCACCCACCCGCGCGCCGCCGACAUCCGCCGCGUCCUGCUGGACGUGGAGAAGAGGAUGAGGGAGCAGCUCGGGUACAGCCCGGGCGCGGUGGUCGGCGAUGGCACACAGCUGCACGACGUGGACGAGGAGUCGCACGCGGAGGGCCUCCGGGCGCAUAGCGAGAGGCUGGCCGUGGGGCUGUGGCUGCUGCACCAUGGCGACGGUGAGGAGGAGGAGGAAGAGGAGGGGAGGAGGGAGGUGCUGAGGGUGUACAAGAACCUGCGGGUGUGCGGCGACUGCCACGAGUUCUUCAAGGGGCUGUCGCGGGUGGUGGGGCGGGUGAUGGUGGUCAGGGACGCCAACCGGUUCCACAGGUUCCAGGACGGCGCAUGCUCCUGCAAAGACUACUGGUGACACACAUUACACAAGUCACACUGGAACACACACCUCAUAGGCUGGCUUGACAAAAGGGAAGAGAAACACAAACGGCUUUACCAACGAAAUGCCAGAAAACAUGGCCAUACUUUUGGUUUGUCAUCAAGAUAUUUGGUCUGCCUGCAGUUUUGCAGGCUGCGGGCAACAUACAAUCUGAUCUGAUCUGAUGAUGGUCCUUUCUGGAAGGAGAUUUGGGAAUUGGCUGGCCAUAUCUCCAACUCCAAGUGAGGCUGAGCAUUUGAUGUGAACACCGAUUUGGUCACGGCAUUCUGGCAGCGUGAUCUUGUACGAAAAUUAGGAGGCGCGGAUCGCUUGUUUUCGAAAUGUAAUAAGCUCCUGGAGGAAGGAAGGUGCCAUUCCAGAUUGCUUUUGAAUUGCCGGUACGUCAGUUAAAAACGGAGUCCCCAGGACCUCGCAUCGCCCUGGAUUUUUCUUUGGCCUUGGUGGUAUGUCUGGUCGCAGCAAAAUGAAUGUUUAGUUAGUAAGUGUGAUGAGCAACUUCAGCAUAUAGGUUAGCCAGUACAUUGCUGAAUUUUACUUGGGAAGGGGGAAUGUGCAAUACCCGGGAGAGUCGAGUUCUUGUUGGAAUGGACUGAUAUAAUGCAUUGGCCUGCCUGCAACUAGCCGGUAUGCUGACACUAUCCCUACUGUGUUGCCGCGGUUAGCCAAAAUGUUUCAUGGCGGUGGGCAGCUUGACCCCCUGUAAUAAACCUUUCAAUUUUUCCUUGUCUGAA